GGAGGGACGAGGGGGAGGGCCCCGGAGCCGCGCGUGCAGCUCCGCCGGAGCCGGAGCCCGAACCCGAGCUCGAGCUCGGGAGCGCCGGGCCGGGCUGGGCUGGGGACCCCUCCUGCCCAUGGAGCAGGCGUUCACCAUGGCCGAGCCCCGGGGCCCCGUAGACCACGGAGUCCAGAUUCGCUUCAUCACAGAGCCGGCGGGGGCCACAGAGAUGGGCACCCUGCGUCACGGGGGGCGACGCCCGGCUAAGGACGCCAGAGCCAGUACCUACGGGGUCGCCGUGCGCGUGCAGGGCAUCGCGGGGCAGCCUUUUGUGGUGCUCAACAGCGGGGAGAAGGGCAGCGACUCCUUUGGGGUCCAAAUCAAGGGGGACAACCACCGAGGGGCCCCGGGAGCCCUGAGCCCCGACUCGGAGCCCCCCGAGAGCCGCUACUCUCAGGCUAAGGAGUUUCCCGGCCCGUUGCGGGACAUCGCGUCCGACGAGGAGGAGCCUGGGGCCCGCUGCUCGGGGCGGCUCCUCCGCUCCCAGUCCCAGGCGUCGCUGACCGGCCCGGUCCCCAUGGCUCAGGGCAGCAGGAGCACCAGCAUGCUGGAGCUGGCCCCCCAGGGCGCCUCCCCAGGGAGCGCCAUUGACACGGCGCCCCUGUCUUCCGUGGACUCGCUCUUCAAAUCGACUCCAGACCUUCUCCGAGACCAGCAGGAGGCAGCCCCACCCGGCGGUGUAGACCACGUGAAGGCGGCCAUCUAUGGCAUCCUGAGGGAGGGAAGCCCAGAAAGUGAAACUUCUGUAAGGAGGAAGGUCAGUUUGGUGCUGGAGCAGAUGCAGCCUCUGGUGGCUUCUCCUGGUUCUUCUAAGGCCCUGGCAGGGCAGGGCGAACUCACCCGAAAAGUGGCGGAGCUUCAGCAGAAGCUGGAUGAAGAGGUGAAGAAGCGGCAGAAGCUAGAGCCCUCCCGGGUGGGGCUGGAGCGGCAGCUGGAGGAGAAGGAGGAAGAGUGCGGCCGCCUGCAGGAGCUGCUGGGGCGGAGGCUGGGGGAGGCCCAGCAGAGCACCAAGGAGCUCCAGAACAUGAAGCUCCUCCUGGACCAGAGUGAAAGGGUACGACGCGGGCUGGAGACCCAGGUGAUGGAGCUGCAGGACCAGCUGAAGCAGGCCCAGGCCCCUGAGCCUGCCAAGGAGGUGCUGAGGAAGGACCUGUUAGAGACCCGGGAACUUCUGGAAGAGGUCUUGGAGGGGAAACAGCGGCUCGAGGAGCAGCUGAGGCUGCGGGAGCGCGAGCUGACAGCCCUGAAGGGGGCCCUGAAGGAGGAGGUGGCCUCCCGGGACCAGGAGGUGGAGCAGGUCCGGCAGCAGUACCAGCGAGACGCGGAGCAGCUUCGCCGGAGCAUGCAGGACGCGACCCAGGACCAUGUGGCAUUAGAGGCCGAGAAGCAGAAGAUGUCAGCCUUGGUGCGGGGGCUGCAGAGGGAGCUGGAGGAGACCUCAGAGGAGACGGGGCAUUGGCAGAACAUGUUCCAGAAGAACAAGGAGGAGCUCAGAGCCACCAAGCAGGAACUUCUGCAGCUGCGAAUGGAGAAGGAGGAGAUGGAAGAGGAGCUCACGGAGAAGAUAGAGGCCUUGCAGAGGGAAUUAGGGCAGGCCCGAGCUGGAGCUGGAGAUUCUCGCCAGGUGGAGGAGCUCAAGAAGGAUCUGUGCCGGGCACAGGAGGAGCUCAAGGACCUGCGGGCCGAGCGGCAGAGCCAGGAGGUGGCCGGGCGGCUCCGGGAGCGGGAGCUGGAGAAGCAGCUGAGGGCCGAGACUGACCGAGGCCGGGGCCUGGAGCAGCAGAACGUCCAGCUGCAAAAGACCCUCCAGCAACUGAGACAGGACUGUGAAGACGCUUCCAAGGCUCAGAUGGCAGCAGAGGCAGAGGCGGCAGUGCUGGGGCAACGCCGGACAGCAGUGGAGACGACGCUUCGGGAGACCCAGGAGGAGAAUGACGAAUUCCGACGGUGCAUCCUGGGUCUGGAGCAGCAGCUGAAGGAGGCGCGAGGCCUGGCGGAGGGUGGGGAAGUGGCGGAGGCUCGGCUUCGGGACAAGGUGCAGCGGCUGGAGGCAGAGAAGCAGCGGCUAGAGGGGGCCCUGGACGCAGCUCAGGAAGAGGAAGGGAGCCUGGCCGCGGCCAAGCGGGCCCUGGAGGCACGGCUGGACGAGGCCCAGCGGGCGCUGGCCCGCAUGGCGCAGGAGCAGCAGGCACUGAGCCGGGCCCUGGAGGAGGAGGGCAAGCAGCGGGAGGCGCUGCGGCAGGCCAAGGCCGAGCUGGAGGAGCAGAAGCGCCUGCUGGACAGGACUGUGGCCCGGCUGAACAAGGAGCUGGAGCAGAUCGGGGACGACUCCAGGCAGGCCCUGCAGCAGCUCCAGGCCCAGCUGGAGGAGUACAAGGAGAAGGCCCGGCGGGAGGUGGCGGACGCCCAGCGCCAGGCCAAGGAGUGGGCCAGUGAGGCUGAGAAGAACUCCGGGGGGCUGAGCCGGCUUCAGGAUGAGACCCAGAGGCUGCGACAGGCCCUGCAGGCGUCCCAGGCCGAUAGGGACACAGCCCAGCUGGACAAGGAGCUGCUGGCCCAGCGGCUGCAGGGGCUGGAGCAAGAGGCAGAAAACAAAAAACGCUCCCAGGAUGACAGGACCCGGCAACUCAAGGGCCUUGAGGAAAAAGUCUCGCGGCUGGAGGCGGAGUUGGACGAGGAGAGGAGCACUGUGGAGCUGCUGACGGACCGGGUGAACCGCGGCCGGGACCAGGUAGACCAGCUGAGGACAGAGCUCAUGCAGGAGAGGUCCGCCCGGCAGGACCUGGAGUGUGACAAGAUCUCCCUGGAGAGACAGAACAAGGACUUGAAGAGCCGGUUGGCCAGCUCAGAAGGCUUCCAGAAGCCCAGCAGCAGCUUCUCGCAGCUCGAAUCUCAGAAUCGGGAGUUGCAGGAGCGGCUGCAGGCUGAAGAGAGGGAGAAGACGGUUCUGCAGUCCACCAACCGAAAACUGGAGCGGAGGGUUAAAGAGCUGUCCAUCCAGAUCGAUGAUGAGCGGCAGCACGUCAAUGACCAGAAGGACCAGCUAAGCCUGAAGGUGAAGGCCUUGAAGCGGCAGGUGGAUGAAGCAGAAGAGGAAAUCGAGCGACUGGACGGCUUGCGGAAGAAGGCGCAGCGCGAGCUGGAGGAGCAGCACGAGGUCAACGAACAGCUCCAGGCGCGGAUCAAAGCCGUGGAGAAGGACUCCUGGCGCAAAGCUUCCCGCUCGGCUGCCGAGUCCGCCCUCCAACACGAGGGGCUGAGCUCAGACGAGGAGUUCGACAGGGUCUACGACCCCUCCUCCAUCGCAUCGCUGCUCACAGAGAGCAACCUGCAGACCAGCUCCUGUUAGCUCGCGGUCCGCAGCGGCCCCGAAGCCGCGGCUCGAGGCCCAGCCUGGCCAGCCGCGCUCUGCCCUGCCCAGCCUCACGUCCCUCAGCGCUGCGGGGGACCCGACGAUUCACACCCGCGACGGGGAGGGGCAUGCGUGAUGGAGGUAUAAGGGCAUCGAAAGGGCAUCGGCGCCAAGCUGGGGGAUGGAUGGACCUUCUUCCUCCGGAGGAGUGGGCACCUUAGGCGAGCGCCCUCCCUUUAAGUCCACACCCUCCCUCUUCUCCCGCACAGCAGCAGGGUGGUCGGCAUCUAGGUAGAGGGGGAUUGAGCAGGACAGGAAGGGAGGGAAACUGCCAUGUAUGUAAAGCUUUAUUCUUUAACCCUUAACCCUCAGGCUCAGGGAAAUCUCCUAGGUGAUUCUGCUCCUUUGACUCUCGCCCUGAAGUGGGGCGAGGGGGAUGUUAUGGGUGACAGGGGACACGCCGGUGUGGCUCUGGGCGCUCCAUGCGCCUCUUUGCACAGUUCUGGGCCCACGUGGUAGUCCCCACCUUCCCGCAUUUCUGUUUUUCUGUCUUCCCCAAGCCAGUGGGUCCAGGGGCCCCUUUCUCCUCCCCUUCCCUUCCUCGCCAUCCCUCCCUUCCUUCUUACCUCUCAGUGCCUUAGCCAUGGCGAGGAGAUAGGAAUGUUCUUGCCUUUUACACUUGCACAUUCAUACCUCUCCAAGGACCGGCCUUUCCCCACCUGGGGACCCCAGCUUUCCCGGUUGCCCCAGGGGCUGGUCUGGAGAGCUACCGGCAUCUCUGCCAGCGAGCCCCUGGGAGAGGGACUUUGGUAGCGCCAUGAUGCGGUGGUGGGGCCUGGUUCUGCUCAGGAUUUCCACCCUCCUCUCCCUUUGCGACUGUGGGUGUGUUUAUUAAAUGGCUGCACCUGGGAACCGCGACAACUGUCUACACAAGUUGAAAAGCAAAGGUUCUGGUCCCUGUGGACAUCCCUGUGGACAUCUAUGACCAAAUGUGCCCACCCAGGAGCUGGUCCACAGUGGGGACCCAGGGGACCCUCUUUAUCUUAGGAGCCUUGGACCUAUUACAGAGCUUUCUGCCUGGGAUAGAGGCUGACUCUUGGUAGCAAUUGGAAGAGGCAGUGGGGGGUUCAGUCCUCCUCUGGGUUUUGGGGAGAGCCAAGCCCUGGUGGGGAAGAGGUGAGAGAGAUGAUUCAUCCCUUAUUUCCUAAGUAGGCUCUGUGAGAAGCCUGGGGGAAGAAGAAGGCUGUUCUCACCAAUGACAUGUAAUUUCAUGAUUUAAAAAACAUUCUCUGCAAAUCAGAUAUUUUCUCUCAAACAAAUCCAGC